AUGGCCCUUGGCGGCAACUUUGUCCAGCAUGGUGCGUACGUCGAGUUCCAAAAAUGUACAGCACCCGGUGGCCGUGGAGGAGGCUUAGCUGUUUUCAACGGCUACUUGCACCAAUUUGCCGGCAGCAUGAGUUUUUACGGCUGUGGCUCCAAUAUUGGCGGCGGGCUUUUCGUUCAGAAGGAUGUGGUGAUGAUCGGCACCAUGAGCUUCACGAAGUGUCGUGCCAUGCGGGGAGGUGGAGGAGGGGCCUUUGUGCGACAGAACUUUCAUCAGCGUGAAGGUCAGCUGGUUUUGCAUUCUUGUAUGAGCCUUGGCGAUGGAGGGGGUCUUCGAAUUGGUCGCACCUUCAACCAGGAAUCUGACACCUCUGCUGAUUUCAUUUCUUGCCGUGCAACGCAUGGAGGUUGCAUGAGCGCCGGUUCCGUCCAUGCUUCUGGCUACAACAAUUUCAGUUAUUGCGUUGCCUCGGGACAUCUGGACUCAGGUGGCGGAGGCGUUCAUGUCGUGCACAACUACUCCCAGCUUGCCGGCGUCACAAACUUCAUUGAGUGCCAGGCUCUGAAAGGCGGUGGUGGCUUGCAAACCCGGAAUGGAAGCCUGACGGUGCUCAAGGGCAACAUGGUUUUCCUUGCGUGCACUGCUACCGGAGCUGGCGGUGGAGCAGAUGUGGGGCUUGAUGUUUAUUUACAUGCCAAGGCCAGCAUGGCAUUUGAUAAAUGUCAUGCUGGUGGAGACGGUGGAGGUAUGUCCCUCAAGGGCAACUUCCUGCAUGAUGGAGCCAACAUCACCUUCCAGAGCUGCGAAGCCCUCGCUAGCCGUGGAGGAGGUCUAGCAGUGUUCGAAGGCUUCCUGCAUCAACUCGCUGGCGAAAUGGAUUUCCGUGACUGUCAUGCUGAUGCCGGUGGUGGGAUGUAUGUGGAGAGAGAUGUCAUCUUGGACAGUACCAUAUCUUUCUCCAGGUGCCACGCUUACCGGUCCGAUUCAGGAGGCGGUGCCUUAUACAUCGCAAAUGGCCAGUUUGAUCUGAAUGGACAUCUAUGGGCAGAGAACUGCAGUUCUUUGGGCUCUGGUGGCGGCCUCCUCAUGAAGAGUGGAGUGAUCCGGCAGAAACCUGGCAGCCAACUUACCCUUCGCCAAUGUUCUGCGCACGGCGGCAAUGGUGGUGGGAUGGCGACGCACGGCUUCAUUGCCAGAGGCAUCAUUCAAUUCCACAGCUGUGCGGCGUCUCCCCAAGGUGGAAACGGUGGAGGACUCUAUGUUGGAAAUGGCAAUGGCGCCAUGAAGCAAGAACAGGGCCUUAUGAGCUUUGAAAACUGUACGGCUGGAGGUCUCGGUGGUGGCCUCUAUCUAGGAUCCAAGCGUGCAGGACACCUGACGAGCCUGCUCUUGGACCAUUGCAGCACGGAGAGCGAUGCUGGCACCCUGUAUUCCUUGUCCAAGGUGCUGGUAGUGUCCGAUUUGACUGUCUCUGAGCCGCGUAGCGUGGACUUUGACGUGGUCACAUACGGCAAGCUCGUGCUCAACAAGCUUUACCUCCAGAGCAGAAGUCAGAAGUUUGGCAUGGGUUUUUGGGCUGACAGCCUACAUGCCGAAUCUGUGAACUGCACGGCCCUGAAGUCAUGCAGUUUGGUGGCCUCGGAGUGCGAUGUAUCCACCCUUCUCUGUCCACCGGGCACGGGGAUCCGGGAGGGUUCUGGGUCCAAGAACUGUUCAGUGUGCGACGAUAACUUUACUCAGCAUGCCGGCAGCACCGUCUCAAAAUGUGUUCCGUGCCCGGUUCCAAACGAGUUUUGCUAUGCGAACAAGUUCAAGAUGACCCCAGGGCACAUGGUCGAAGCAAGCGACAUUAGCUUCACCAUCUACUGCCCGAACCCUGCAGCAUGUCCUGGAGGGAAUUCCUCCGAUCUUUCCACGAUGUGUGCCCCAGGAUAUGAGAACCGAUCUUGUGCGACUUGCUCAGUAGGCUAUGCCAUCUCUGACAACAGUGUGCUGUUGUGUACGCACUGCGCAACAGUUUGGUGGCAACAGAUUUCGCAGUGGAUGUACAUGCUUGCGAAGCACGUCCUGCCUUUCACGCUGGCGGCCCAUAGUGCGCUCCAAGUGCAAGGUGCUGAAGAGCCCAAGCGCAGCGGCGUGCUGAUAAACCAGUUGAUGUCCUUUGCCACAGUCGCCGGCACCCUGCUGACCGUCGUGACCCAAACCAACGCCAUGAGAGAAAUCAAGCAGCAGACAGCAGCUCAGAUGCACCAGCCUAGUUUUGGACAAUUCAUGCUGCAGAUGGUCGGCUUGACGACCGACCUGAUUGCCGGACAGGGCCCUUCAGAAGGUCGAAAGCGUGAAACCAAGCACUGUGUUCGGGAGGGUAGAUGGCCUUGCCAUCCCCUGGUGGCAGCAGCGACGGCCCAAAACAACCUGGAAGAUCUCGCGUUACAGCUUGGCCUGCAUGGGGUCGGCACCACAGAGGUCCGUGAACUGGGCUUGUGGAUCUACCUCAAAACCAAUGAGGUUCGUGAUCCGACAGCCUGCUGUGAUGCCAGGACCGUCCUGGAUACAAAGCUGGGGGAGGCGGACAUGUACCAGCAUCUGUCGUUCUUCAGAAAAGUGCUUCCCGACACUGCCCUGUCGGAUAUGCAUACCAUGCUACACCACUAUGUGUUCGCGAAAGCACAUGCGAAAAGGAACGCAGAAACACAGAACACCGAAACAGCCGGAACUAGCCAGACACAACAGCAUGUCAGCACUGACAGCUUGCUGGAAAUGUAUGCGGAAUUCCUGGAAACAAGACCUCCAGUCAGUAGCGAGGAUGUUGUUGCCCGCAUCGGAGAGACGAUCCGCAAUCACCUUGCCCAGGCAACCGAGGAGCAGGGAGAGCAUAACGAAGCAACAUCUACGGAGGUGGCCGAAUCUGAGCUUGGCGCGCAGUCAACACGAGUGCAGACCUCCGAACAUCUCGACCAGUCCUACUGCAAGGAGUCGCGCUUUCGCGCCGAUGGUAGGUGCCGCCGGACCGCUCGAGAGCUGAAGAAGCGGGCGCCCUACGUCCAGUACUGGAAGGAUGUGCAGCGUGGCCUCUGGAAAACCUGGUCUCACCGGGACUGGUACGAGGAGCACUGGGCGGAUGGUGAGCGCCGAAGCUGGAAAAACCCCACAUCAAGCUCUGCCUGGGAGAUGGAGUGGGACCAGUGGGAAGAUGGGACUCGUGGCGAUGAGGAUGGUUUUUCCUCGGAUUCCUCCGUUCAUGGGCCUCGUGGAAAGACUCGAACCCACAUGCAGCCGGCGAGCAAAAGGUCCCGAAGCACGCGAGUCACCUUCAUGGAGGCCUUUACGGUGUGCAAUGCCAAGAAACAACUGAAGCCUGACUGGUACAACAUGUACCAACGGCUAGUGACCUUGAUCGACCAGAUGAUGGCCACCUGCACCCAGGCCACCUACGACGCCAUGAAGUGGAAGAUCAACCCGGUGAGGCCGGGGACGGCAGUCUCCGACAACUACUUUGUGGUCACGCCCCCGAAGCCAGUCCACCUGCAAGUACAGAAUCAAAUGCAAAAAGUUACCACCCCUGUCAUCAUCGAGCCCCGCGUGAAUAUUCCAGUGUUCGAUGACGAUACACUGCAAUGCACCAACGUCGCCUAUAAUGUUUGGUCUGUGAUCCUGCACGCUGGCCAUUCUCCACAUGCAGGCCACUACACCAGCAGACUUCUGACAGCUACCGCUGAUGGUGCUUCUGGUGCACAGUGGAGCACCGAUGAUGCUAGGCCAGCCAAACUCAUCAUGAGAGAAGUCAUGCAGGCCAUUCCAGCUGCCCUGGUGUUGGGCCUCAUCGCGUUCCUCCCCCGGCAGCAGCAUGGAGUUGCUUUGGUCGUAGGCUUGAACUGCUUCUGGCCUGAGAUGUUCGGCUACUUCGGCAAGUACCUGUACUGCUACCAGUUCGCACCCGAGGGCACCUUAGAAAAGACCUACGACUGCCCCUUUCUAGAAGAUGCCUUCCACCAUCACGCCGUCCGUUUCAUCAUGCUCUUUGUGUUGCUGGCGGUAUCGCACCUUUGGAUCAGCCUCUCGCUUCCCAAGGAUGACGCGCAACUGCCACUUCACGUGAUCUUCCUGAGCAGGGCCUACCGAAAGAGCUGCCGCCUUUGGGAGUCCGAGCGGCUGCUGAGGAAGACGCUGCUGACGCUGGCAGUGUCCGCUCUGCCCAUCACCUCCUCGCCGGCCCUUCAGCUGGUCUGCAUCGUGAGCGUCGUGAUGAUGUCCCUCUUCCUGUAUGCAGCGCUUCUGCCCUACAAGACAAUGCGCUUCAACCUGACUGAGUGCAGCUUGCUAGCGACGGCGGCGCUCAUGACGGCCGUAGUGAGCGGCCUGACGGCAUAUGACCAUUAUUGGGGCCACAUGAAGAGGGUGGAGUACCUCAUGAUCUUCUCCACGGUUGGCAUCGCUGCCUUCACCUGUGCCUUGGCCACGAGUCGUUCGGCAGCGGGGCCAACACACCGAACAUGA